UCUCUUUUUCGCUUCAGGCUCCCUUGAUCGUCAUCAUUCUAUGUUUCCUCACCUGUGUCUCACCGUUUCUCUCUCCAAAACCCUAGCUGGCUCUCGCUCUCAAUGUAUGAUUCUUGGUCGCACAUUAUUAUCUAAAAUUUGGAAUUGAGAAGAGACAGCAGAAUGGGAUGUGCGCAAUCGAAGAUUGACAAUGAGGAGUCGGUGGCGAGAUGCAAAGAUCGGAGGAACUUGAUGAAGGAGGCGGUGGCUGCGCGAAAUGCGUUCGCCGCUGGCCACACUGGCUACGCAUUGGCAUUGAAGAACACUGGUGCCGCCUUGAGCGACUACGCGCAGGGGGAGGCGGAGAACCACGAGCACGAGCACCACCGGGAAGGAGCUGAUGGCGGCGUCCCGCAGGCGCCGAUGAUGAUGGAUCCCACUCUCUUUCCUCCGCCGCCCCCGCCGCUGCCGACUUUCUCCCCGGCCACGCCGCUCCAGCGGUCGGUGACGAUGCCGGAGUUGUCGGCGUCGAAGACAGCUCGGAAGAUGACAGAGAACGUCGCUAUCGCUGAAGAAGGUGAGGAAAGCGAGGAAGCGCAUGACGAUGCAGACUUACAGCCGCGAAGGGACCGGCGGGCACGGGUUUCGGAGACGCCACUGACGACUCCGCCGCCGCCGCCGCCGCCGCCGCACGAGCUGAAGGGCAUGGCCUGGGACUACUUCUUCAUGGAUGAUGACAUGCCAGACCCGUCGCUGAGUGAAACUGAAGAGGUUCUGGAGCAGAAAAAAGAGAAUGAGGUGUUUGAUAGAAAUUUUAGCGAUAAUGCAGGUAGAAAGAUGGAUGAUGUUGAGCCAAAGACGCCAGAGAAGACAGUGCCUCACGGGCUGGACACCCAAGAGGAGGUGACGCCGGUCUUUGCCAAAGAUAAGCAAUUCCUGCAUUCAAACACCGCUCCUGCUGAUAUUGAGAGAGGGGCCACUGGUAAGGCCGGGGCUAGUGUUAGUUUAUUGAAGAUACUUGGUGACAUUGAUGAUCAUUUCUUGAAGGCGUCUGAGGCUGCACAAGAGGUGUCAAAGAUGCUGGAGGCAACUCGCUUGCAUUAUCACUCGAAUUUUGCUGAUAAUCGAGGACAUAUAGAUCAUGCAAGAAGGGUUAUGCAAGUCAUUACAUGGAAUAAAUCAUUUAAAGGUUUACCUAAUGGUGAUGAUGUGAAGAGUGAGUAUGAUGCUGAGGACUAUGAGACUCAUGCCACUGUUUUGGAUAAGUUAUUGGCAUGGGAGAAAAAGCUAUAUGAGGAAGUGAAGGCUGGUGAGCUCAUUAAGCUUGAGUAUCAGAGGAAGGUUGCCAUGCUAAACAAGCUUAAAAAACGUAAUGCUAGCACUGAAUCAUUGGAAAAGAUGAAGGCAGCUGUAAGUCAUUUACAUACAAGGUAUAUAGUUGACAUGCAGUCCUUAGAUUCAACGGUUUCUGAAGUAAACCAUAUCCGCGAUGAUCAGUUGUAUCCGAAACUUGUUGCUCUUGUCAAUGGGAUGGCGAAAAUGUGGGAAUCCCUGUGCAUACAUCACGACAACCAGCUGAAAAUUGUUCUCGAUCUCAAAUCCCUUGAGAUCCCUGGAACUCCCAAGGAAACCACCACGCAUCACCAUGCUCGCACUGAACAGCUUUGUGAGGUCAUAAAUGACUGGCAUUUGCAAUUUGAGAAGCUGGUGACAAAUCAAAAGAACUAUAUCCGAGCUCUGAACAGCUGGCUGAAGUUAAACCUCAUCCCCAUUGAAAGCAGCUUUAAAGAAAAGAUCUUGUCACCGCCCAGAAUCCAGAAUCCCCCCAUCCAUCCCCUCCUGCAUUCCUGGCACAACCAUCUCGAGAAGCUCCCUGAUGAACUCGCAAAGACCGCCAUUGCUUCCUUUGGUGCUGUGAUAAAAACCAUUUGGGAUCAUCAAGAGGAAGAGAAGAAGCUGAAGGAGAAAUGUGAAGAAACCCGAAAAGAGUACUUGCGCAAGAAGCAGGUGUUCGAGGACUGGUAUCAAAAGUACUUGCAGCGAAAAACGCCAACUGAUGAAGCUGACCUCUCGGAGACAAACCCCAAGGAUCCUGUCUCGGACAGGCAGUUUGUUGUGGAGAGCUUGAGGAAGAGGUUGGAAGACGAAAUUGAAGUUCAUCAGAAGCACUGUGUUCAGGUAAGGGAGAAAUCGCUGGGGAGUCUCAAAAUCCGGCUGCCGGAGCUCUUCCGGGCCAUGUCGGAAUAUUCUCGUGCCUGUCUUGAUGCUUAUGAAAGGCUGAGAACCGUCGUCCAGUCGCAGAAUGCAAAUGCUGCUCGCAUUUCGUGAGGAUCUGUAUGCCCUUUUUUUGCUGUUAUCUUCCUCAUGUCUGGCUUCAAUCAUCUUCUGUGUAGUUAAUUUAUGUACUUGCGAUGGUUUUGUUUCUUCUCGUCAGCCAGUGUUUGCAAUGUUUUUGUUCUGCUACUCAAAUUAGAGUUCUUGUUAUUAUCAUA